UUGGUCAUGUGACUUCCUGUCUGUGUCUCAGUAUCACAACAAGGUGACGUGCUUCAUGCUGCAGCAGAUCGAGGAGUGCUGCUCCCUGGGAGCUCACGCCGCCGUCAUCAUCCCCCCCACCUGGAUCAUCAGGGUCCGCCGGCCACAGUCGUCUCUGAAGUCCAGUAAGAAAAAGAAGAGGACGUCGCUGAAAUGCAACAAGUCGAGUAAGAAAGGAGCUGAGCUCCAAGAUGGCCGCUGGAAGCCCUUCCUGGUGAAGCCCCUCCCCUCUCAGCUCAUGAAGCCUCUGCUGGUGUUCGUCAACCCGAAGAGCGGCGGCAACCAGGGAGCAAAGAUCAUCCAGUCCUUCAUGUGGUACCUGAACCCUCGGCAGGUGUUCGACCUGACGAAGGGGGGACCCAGAGAGGGGUUGGAGCUUUACGCCAAAGUGCCCAACCUGAGGAUCCUGGCCUGUGGAGGAGACGGCACAGUCGGGUGGAUCCUGUCAGUCCUGGACCAGUUGAGUCUUCGUCCUCAGCCUCCUGUGGCCAUCCUUCCUCUGGGGACCGGGAACGACCUGGCGAGGACUCUCAACUGGGGGGGGGGUUACACUGAUGAACCCAUAACAAAGAUCCUGUCCCACGUGGAGGACGGGAACAUCGUCCAGCUCGAUCGAUGGAACCUGAAGGUGGAGUCGAACCCCGACGCUCGGCCGGAGGAGAGAGACGAGCACCAGACAGAUAAGCUCCCCAUCGACGUCUUCAACAACUACUUCAGUCUGGGCUUCGACGCUCACGUCACACUGGGCUUCCACGAAUCCAGAGAGGCGAAUCCAGAGAAGUUCAACAGUCGCUUCAGGAAUAAGAUGUUCUACGCAGGAACGGCCUUCUCAGACUUCCUCAGUGGGAGUUCGAAGGAUCUUGCCAAGCACAUCAGAGUGGUGUGUGAUGGAACAGACCUGACGGCCAAAGUCCAGGAGAUGAAGUUACAGUGCCUCCUCUUCCUCAACAUCCCCAGGUACUGUGCGGGUACGACGCCGUGGGGUCAUCCCAGCGAGCAUCAAGACUUCGAGCCUCAGCGCCAUGACGACGGCUGCAUCGAGGUCAUCGGCUUCACCAUGACGUCUCUGGCCACGCUGCAGGUCGGAGGUCACGGUGAGCGUCUCCACCAGUGUAAAGAAGUGACCCUCACCACCUUCAAGUCCAUCCCCAUGCAGGUGGACGGAGAGCCCUGCAAACUGGCUCCGUCCAUCAUCCACAUCAACCUGAGGAACCAGGCCAACAUGGUGCAGAAGGCCAAGAGGAGGAUCUCCAUGCCCCACCUCAACGAUCAGCAGCCCGUCCCUGAGAAGCUGCAGAUCAGAGUGAACAGGAUCAGUAUGGCAGCAUACGAGGCUCUGCACUACGACAAGGACCAGCUGAAGGAGGCCUCGACUCCUCUGGGAGUCAUCACCGUCCCUGGAGACAGCGACCUGGAAACCUGCCGCCUGCUCAUUGAUCGUCUGCAGGACGACCUGGACCAGGACUGUGAGACGCUGAAGGGAGAAUGUCUGUCGUCACAGAAACUCUCCAUGAAGUGGUGUUUCCUCGACUGUACAACUGCGGACCGCUUCUACAGGAUCGACCGCGCUCAGGAACACCUGAACUAUGUGACGGAGAUCUCUCAGGAGGAGCUGUACAUCCUGGACCCGGAGCUGGUCUCUAAGGAGACGGUGGGAACCUCCCCCGGGAUGCCAGACCUGGUGGACUCAGAGGAGCACCAGGACCAGCAGAGACAGUUCGCCUUCCCCUGCUCCCCGUCCUCCCCCACCUCCUCCAACACGUCCAGGGGGAGGGAGUUUCAGAGGAGGAGGAUUUCCAGUGACAGUUCAGUGGCCGACGCUUUGUCCCAAAGCUCCUCGAAGACAGCUCUCUGCAGGAGAGGGGCAAAGAUUCUGAAUGUACAUCGCUCCAACACCACCCUCGCUGCUUUCAGACCCAUGAUUAGUCCGUCCAGUUCUACCUCACACCCUGAGAAAGAAGCAGAGCUGAUCAGCUGCGUCAAGACUGAAGACCUGGACAGAUUGAUGGAGCUCCACCAGCAGGGGGCAGACAUCCUGCUGCAGGACGCAGCCGGCUGCACGCUGCUGCAUCACGCCGUGCAGGUCGGCAACAAAGACAUCGUCAAGUACCUCAUCGACCACGCGCCGACGUCUCAUCUGGACGUAACCGAGAAACAGACAGGCGAGACGGCGCUGCACAAAGCUGCCACUUCCUGUCAGAGGAGCAUCUGUCACUUCCUGGUGGAGGCUGGGGCGUCGCUCAUGAAGACAGACCUGCAGGGAGAGACUCCUAAACAGCGAGCAGAGAAAGCCAGUGACCAGGAACUGGCUGAAUAUCUUGAGAACCGCCAACAUUACCAGAUGAUCCAGAGAGAGGACCAGGAGACGGCCGUCUGACCUCCAACCUGUCCGUCCAAAACAUCUGUCUGUCCUUAGGUCUUUCAUUUACCUGCUCGUCUCUCCUCUCAGUUCAACACCUGUAGUCUGGGUCAGAGGAGAAACGUCCUGUUUUACCUCCACAGAGCGAAUGUUAGACAGCAACAUGCCAGCUAGUGCUUCCUCUCUGCUGUCAGCAGGCUGGUACACAGAGACAAACAGAUCAGCAUCACUUUCCUUUUCUUGUCCAAACUGCUUUCAGGUUUGUUGUGGAUGAAGUCGGGUUUGUAGACGCCUGAAAAAGCCUCUGUCCUCUGGUUGAGUCCAAACUAACGAACAGAAAAAAACCCUCUGGACACUAAAGUGAAUUCAAACUCGGCCACAAACAAAGACGUUCAGAUCCUCUACAAACUGCAUCCUGAAUGUGUCUUUAUCGACGUCUCAACAUUUGCGCUCUGACCACUGUGUAAAAUGACAGUAUGUGUGUACAGAGAGAAACUUCAGCUGCUGCUGAACGAACAGUGACUUCAUUCAUCUGUCUGCAGCUGAUGGAAACUAGACGCUUUCGCCAUAUUAGAUAGAAACGGCUGCAAACACGUGUCCUCUCUCAGCUUCUAGUGACCUUUUGGAUGUAUUUGUUUACUCAAAAGAAAUAAGUGUUUGGAUAUUUAACUUAGACACAGGUGAAUUUAGCUAUUUAUGAUUUAUUUGUAGAGAUAAAAACACAUUUUGCUUGUGAUCAAACACAGUGAGGCGAGUGGUUUAGAUUAUUUCAGUCAACAUAUGAGGUUUGUUUGGUAAUUUUUCUUGUCUGUUACACUCUGUAAAGGAAAUGGAUGCUUUCGUUGUGAUGUGUAUCUACUGUGUACAUAGCUGAGACGCCCGAUAGACUCAGUGUCAGUGUUGGAGAUUUUAACAGAAGCUGAAGCCAGAUUCUGCCAAAGCAGAGUCUGUAAUAACUAAUGAAUAAUUACACAGCAGUCAGAAUGAUAUUACACUGUAUGAUAAUGGAGUAAUAACUGUUUUGUUUGGUUUUAUCAUUUCUGAGUGACCUGCAAUAAAGCAUGUCAGUAAGA